CCUAAGUCGACAGGGGAUAUCCACGUGAUUUCUAGUAGCACUGACUGCCUUGUUUAAAUACGUGUAUACGUCAUUACAUACGAGGCAGUUGCGAAACAUGCAUUCCAGAUUGCUGCUUGCCUCUCACUCUUACAUAUAAGAGACAACAUCUCUUCCUUCACCCAAAGUCUACAAAUCCCGAAUCUAAGCAGACACGCUCAUAACCACUACCAGCCUACAUCUAUUUACGAGAACACUCAAAACCAAACCUGCCAAAAUGCCUCUCGUCGUCCCAGGAAUCACCGACAACUCUCAGGACAAGACUACGCAGUGGUCGAGCAAGUUAGUAGGAAAGACAGUAUCCGAAAAUGACCACAGCGAGACGAACUUCUGCAAAAGGGAUCUCCCCCAGCAAUGCCGUGUCAUUCAACCUGGCAUGAUGGUGACUAAAGAUUUCGUCCCGGACCGACUGAAUGUCCAUGUCAAGGACGACGGCACUGUAAGCCAUGUCCAGCAUGGUUAGACAUUGCACCUUCUGUAAUUCACGCCUUUGUAUGACGGAUAUGAAGCUGUUGGGCUUGGAAUGGAGGGGUUUGCCGGAAGGGAACAUUAUGCGUAGCCUACUCAGUACCCUUUAAUAUCAGCAACAAGAAUGACUAGCAAUUAAUCACCAGUAACAGUAUCUUUUACAUAGGUAGUUUUAUUUUUCCCUUUUAGAUGGACGGAUCUGUGAUGUGUAGCAUAAUGAAUGAUGGUUAUUUCAAUGUUGCUUAUAAUAUUGAUAGUGUUAAUAGUGUUGAUAGAAGGUACCUUUGUACCAUGUGCCCCGCUAGACCGCGAGCUUCGAGGGGUCGAGUCUGCCCCGCGCUUUGCUGCUUUAGACUUCUGAAUUAUGAUUGC